UUGUUUUCAAAAUUAAACUUUCCUCUUCCCCAACUUUCCCCCGUCGUCUCUCUCUCUCUCUCUCUCUCGUCCGGGAGUGCAGUGAACUCUGGUAUGAAGAAGUAGGGCAAAGAUGGGGGUGAAGAACCUGUGGGACAUCCUAGAAUCGUGCAAGAAAACUCUCCCUCUUCAUCACCUCAAGAAUAAAAGGGUAUGCAUAGAUUUGUCUUGUUGGAUGGUUCAACUUCAGAAUGUCAACAAGUCCCACUGUCCCCUCAAGGACAAGCUUUAUCUCAAGGGUCUCUUCCACCGCCUCCGAGCCCUCAUUGCUUUGAAUUGCAGCCUUAUCUUUGUUACUGAUGGAUCAAUUCCAGCUAUCAAAUUAUCCACUUAUAGGCGGCGCUUGAAGUCCGGAACUGAGGUCACACAGGAUGAAACAAAUACACAGAAAGUUGCUCCACUUCGAAGAAAUAUGGGAUCCGAGUUUUCUUGUAUGAUAAAAGAGGCCAAACUGCUUGGUGUGGCUCUUGGGAUUCCAAGUUUAGAUGGGGUUGAGGAAGCUGAAGCUCAGUGUGCAUUGUUGAACUCAGAGUCAUUAUGUGACGGAUGUUUCAGUUCGGACUCUGAUAUCUUCCUGUUUGGUGCAAGGACAGUGUAUAGAGAUAUUUGCCUUGGGGAAGGUGGUUAUGUAGUUUGUUAUGAGAUGGCUGACAUUGAGAGAAAACUUGGCUUUGGAAGGAACUCCUUGAUUACAUUGGCCAUUUUUCUUGGUAGUGACUACUCCCCAGGUGUUCGUGGGCUAGGCCCGGAGUCAGCUUGCCAGAUUGUUAAGUCGGCGGGUGAUAAUGCAGUUCUUCAACGGCUUGCGUUGGAAGGAUUGUCAUUUGCAAAGAAGUUAAAGGGUUCAAGGAAACAGGGGUGCAGCUCCAAAGAAAAUGAGCUGAAUCAUGACAUUAACAUCAAUGGUGAAGAAAAGAAAAUUAUGGAUAGAAUUGAACAUGAUUUACAAGGGGAAGAUCACUUCCUGCAAGUUAUUGAUGCAUAUUUGAAGCCAAAGUGCCAUUCAGCUGAUUCUGAAGUUGUGCAUAGGGUUCUUGCUUUGCAUCCAUUUCACCGCAUCAAACUUCAGCAGAUGUGUGCUCAAGUUUUUGACUGGCCUCCGGAGAAAACAGACGAGUAUAUCCUGCCUAAGAUUGCUGAAAGAGACUUGCGGCGAUUUGCUAAUUUGCGUUCUACUUCGUCCAAACUAGGAGUUCGUCUUCCAUUGGAUAAGAUGCCCGUUAAGUGUCCUGUGUCUGGCAUCAUCAAGCCAAGAAAAGUUCAUGGACAAGAAUGCUUUGAAGUUUCCUGGGAAGAAAUGCAUGGACUUAACACCUCUAUAGUACCAGCUGAUCUCGUUGAGAGUGCUUGUCCUGAAAAGAUUCUGGAGUUUGAGGAGCGAAGAGCUCAAGGGAAAAAACAAAAUCAUCGUAAACCCAAACCAAAGAAAUCAGAGAACAGAGCACCUCUGAAAGAAAUUGACUUAAAACUCCAAAACCUGCUUCUUGACAUCGAACUUGAGAGCAAUGCCAGACAGAAAGCUUCUUUAACCAUGGAAGCAAAAUCGACUAAUGGAAACGCGGUGAUCGAAGUCGAUCAAAUGAAACAAAACCUGCUUCUGCUUCCUACUGAAUUAGAAGGCAAGGUUGAAAGGAACAAUGUGUCAGGACGCUACCCUACUGGUUCACAUGCGGCAACAACUGAAGUCAUUGACCUCUUGAGCCCGUCCCCUUCUGUGCCAAGUCGCAUGGUUUCAAAAUGUCAACGAGCCAGUGUCGACUGUAUUGAAAUGAUCGACUUAAGUGAGUCAGAAAUUGAAGCAUCUCCUGAGCAUGCAAAGAAGGCAAGAGAGUUGAGGUUGUUCUUAGCUAGCAUUAGACAAGACUGUUAGUUGCCAACUAUAAAGGAAGAAUCAUGUGUAGCUCAAGAGCAUUAUGUAUCUAUCUUUGAUUUCUAGAAAUCGAGUGUAACAGCACGCUUAGUAUGCUUAUGUUAGUCUUCAAUGGUGUUGAAAUAAAAUGGCUGCUAGCAAUGUUACAGAUAAAGGUGCCUACACCUAUUAUCAUU